AGAGAGAGAGAGAGAGAGAGAGAGAGAGAGUUCCAUUUUAUUCUCCACCCUUUGAAAAGUAAAUCAGGUCAAACCAGUUUAAAGGGCAGUAACACUUUGGUUUGCUGGAUGAAACUCAGAUUUCCAACAUGGAAUAUGAACAGAGUCUCCCGACAGAAUCAGACGAAAAGUCAGGCAAAAGUCUGAUGGAGGAGAGAUCAGACUCACCAGAACCCAGCUGUGUCUCCAUGAAGAGUGACAACUCGAUGGAGUCUCCAGUGAAAUUUAGAGGCGAAGACCCUCCUACUGUUCAGAGAAUUUCAAAGAGGAAAACCAAGAUUACAAGCAGAACAGAACAAGAUCCUCAUCAGAUCACCAGACUCCAGACUGAGCCGGACCUGAUCUCUGAGUAUCAGAAAAAACUCAAAUCCCACCUGAGAGAAAAGUUUAAAAGAAUUAAUGAAGGAAUCUCACAGCCUGGAACCUCAGCACUUCUGAAUGAGAUCUACACAGAGCUCUACAUCACAGAGGGUUGGAGUGAAGAUGUCAAUAAAGAACAUGAGGUGAGACAGAUAGAGACAGUGUCCAGGAGACCAACAACACAGGAGACACCCAUCAACAGUAAUGAUCUCUUUAAGGACAAGUCCAUCAGAACUGUCCUGACUAAAGGAGUUGCUGGAAUUGGAAAAACAGUCUCUGUGCAAAAGUUCAUUCUGGACUGGACUGAAGGAAAAGCAAAUCAGGACAUCACCUUCAUGUUUCCACUUCCCUUUAGAGAGCUGAAUCUGAUGAAGCAGAAAAAUCUCAGUCUGAUGGAUCUUCUUCAUCACUUUUUCCCAGAAAUAAAACUAGAAUUAAUAAACUGUGACUCCUACAAAGUCCUGUUCAUCUUUGAUGGUCUGGAUGAGUGUCGACUUCCUCUAAAUUUCCAGAAGAAUGAGAGAUUGUGUGAUGUGACAGAGUCAGCCUCAGUGGAUGUUCUGCUGACGAACCUCAUCAAGGGGAAUCUGCUUCCCUCUGAUCUCCUCUGGAUAACAUCUCGACCAGGAGCAGCCAAUCAGAUCCCUCCUGAGUGUGUAGACCAGCUAACAGAGGUACGAGGCUUUAGUGAUCCUCAGAAAGAGGAGUACUUCAGGAAGAGGAUCAGUGAUCAGAACCUGGCCAAUAAAAUCAUCAGACACAUGAAGUCUUCAAGAGGUCUCUACAUCAUGUGCCACAUCCCAGUCUUCUGCUGGAUCUCAGCCACUGUUCUAGAGAGAAUGUUGGGUGAAGCAGAGAGUGGAAAGAUCCCCAAGACUCUGACUAAAAUGUUCACACACUUCCUGAUCUUUCAGAUCAAACACAAGGACCAAAAGUACCAUCAGAAACAUGACCCUGAUCCUCAGCAGAUCAGAGAGAGCAUCCUGGCACUGGGAAAACUGGCUUUCCAGCAGCUGGAGAAAGGAAACCUGAUCUUCUAUGAGGAAGACCUGAGAGAGUGUGGCAUUGAUGUCAGAGAAGUGUCAGUGGACUCAGGAGUGUGUACCCAGAUCUUCAGAGAGGAGUUUGGGCUUCCCCUGGGGAAGGUCUUCAGCUUUGUACAUCUGAGUGUUCAGGAGUUUCUGGCUGCUUUAUACGCAUCUCACCACUUUAUCAGCAGAAAUGUAACAGAACAACAAACCACUGAUCUGUCUGAUCUUUUCAACAAGUCAAACAUGUCUGAUUUCCUGAAGUGUACAGUGGACAAGGCCUUACAGAGUGAGAUCGGACACCUGGACCUGUUCCUCCGCUUCCUUCUGGGUCUCUCACUGGAGUCCAAUCAGACUCUAUUACGAGACAUAAUGCCACAGACAGGAAGUAGCUCUCACAGCAAACAGGAAACAGUCGAGUACAUCAAGGAGAAGAUCAGGGAGAAUCCAUCUCCAGAGAAAUCCAUUAAUCUGUUCCACUGUCUGAAUGAACUCAGUGAUCAUUCUCUAGUGCAGGAAGUACAAACUUAUCUGAACAGAAAAGGAUACAGUCGUCUCAGUAGAACCAGUCUCUCUCCUUCUCAGUGGUCAGCUCUGGUGUUUGUGUUACUGAACUCAGAACAGGAGCAGGAUGAGUUUAAUUUGAGGAAAUUUGACCCAUCAGAGGAAUGUCUUCUGAGAUUGCUGCCAGUGGUCAAAGCCUCCAGUAAAGCUGAUUUGCGUGAGUGUAAACUGACAGAGGAAAGUUGUAGAGUUCUGUCCUCAGUUCUCAGCUCAAACUCCUCAAGUCUGAGAAAACUGAACCUGAGUUACAAUAAACUGCAGGAUUCAGGAGUGAAGCUGCUCUCUGAUGGACUGAAGAAUCCACACUGUACACUGGAGAUACUGGAUCUGCGUGGGUGUAACCUGACAGAGGAAAGCUGUAGAGCUCUGUCCUCAGUUCUCAGCUCAAACUCUUGCAGACUGAUAGAACUGGACGUGAGUAACAAUAAACUGCAGGAUUCAGGAGUGAAGAUGCUCUCUGAUGGACUGAAGAAUCCACACUGUACACUGGAGAUAUUGAAGAUGUGGGAAUGCAGUAUUACAAAUGAAGGUUGUCUUGCUCUGGCUUCAGCUCUGAGGUCAAACCCCUCAUCACACCUGAGAGAACUGAAUCUGAACAAUAAUAAAACAGGAAAAUCAGGAAUGAAGCAGCUCUCUGAACUACUGAACAGUCCACAUUGUAAACUGGAGACACUACAUGUUACCAUAAGAACGAUCACUGAGUCUCAAUCAGAGGAUUUUGAAGACUGAAUGAAGAUAAUGAGUGUCCACAAUCAUCCACUAUCUGUCCUUAUUAGACAAAUCUGUAAAUCUUUCAUGUUUUCUUUAUAAGUCCACCCUUAUUAUAAUGCUAUGUUGUAGUAGAUUGUGGUUUUAUACUAUGUUAUUAAGAUUCUUCAACUAAAGCAGUAAGAGUAAAAAUCAUUAGAUGGAAAAGUCAAUUCACAGGAAAGCACAACAAACAUCCAAAGGAAUCCAUUUGUUCAUGAAUUUGUUUACAUUAACAAGCUUUAGUCUUAUGAGCCAAAAGAAAUCAAAAAAGUGGGACUGUAGAGUCUGUGGUCAAAAUCCACCAGAACACCUCUGGGUUGGUCAGAUCUGAUGACCUAAGCUGCUGUUCCUCAGUACAGAUAUAAAACAACGGCUCUGCUUCACUGAUACAAUCAUCUCAAUAAUCUUACAAUAUGGCCACCUUGGUCUCCUUUUCCCAUCAGUCCCAUGUUUACACACAGCUUUCCCUCUGAUUAGUUUAUUUCUUUAUAUCCUCUUAUUUCUACUCUUAGUUACUAAGCUUCUGUUGUCUGUAGCUCAUUGUGUCUCCUUAUUUCUCUCAGUAUAUGUCUCUUUGUUUCGUUUCUAUUUUAUUUCCUGUAAAGUUUUGCCUCUGUUUCCACUGCUGACACUCUGUAGCUCUCCCAGUGCCUUAUGGGAAAAGGGAAAGUGUGUUAUCUGUUCUCUUUUUUGUACUAGAGGUGGAUGGGGGCGUGUGUAAAUGAGGGGGUGUGGGAUACACACAUAGAGCUAACUAUUAAUGUCUUUAACACCUGCUUCAUAAAACUGUAAAAAUGUCUAAUAAUAAUAAUAAUAGAGUGUGUAUAAUGUUAUUAAUAAUACUGUGUAAUACUGUACAGUGUAGCUGUUAAACAUCUACUACAGUUUUAAUAAACUCAUCCUCACACACUGUAUAGGAGAGUGUGGAGAGGGGAAUGUGUGUGUGUGUGUGUGUGUGUGUGUGUGUCCAUGAUGGCCCUCUGAUUAAACAAAGUAAAAUAUUUUCUUUUUCUGUUGAAUUGUAAUGUAAGGUCUCAUUGCAUGUAGUUUUGAUUAUUGAACAUAUUUAGCUCCUGUAAUGAAAACCUUUUUGUCCAUGUUCACCUGACAUUUAAUACAGUAUAUUUAAAGACCAAACACAUUUCUGGUGUUAUUUGUGUGUUUGAUUAGAAAUCUUUCUGAAGCAGUAACAGUUCUGUCUCAGUAACAGGAUCACUUCCUGUCUCUCAGGUGCUGCAGUAUUGACUGUGGGCUGAACAGUGAAAGUUACUGCAUGGAAAACAUUCAACAAUUCAUUUUAAUAAACAUUUCCAUCUGGACAAGUGAAUGUCAGUCCUACAUGAUGGACACUGGAUCAUGUUCAUUCACAUUUUAAACAAAACCACUGCAUGUCCGUGGGUUCAGGUUAGGAUUAGAGUCUGUGUCAUUCACCAGAAAAACUUAAAUCUAGAUGAUCAGAAGAACCACAAUCAGUGUUCUCAUAUUCUGUAAGAAACAGAUGAAAGAGAAUAGACUGGAGGUGGAGAAUGGACAAUGUGCU